AGCCGUAUCUCUUUGAUCUAAUUCCAGGACUGACAGCCGCCCAACUACGAGUUGCCAUCUCUCCACGCCGCGAAACUCCCAACUAUGGGUGUUAAACAGGGCUCAAAAGGUGGCCACGAAGCCACCUUACCACUCGAGAGCCAUGGAGCGGAAAAGACCGUCGACAACGAGCCGGGAGAGAGUCCUAAGAAACAGACAGCCUUUCAAGCCUACGUGAGAGUAUUCUCGUACAGCACGGCCACGGACAAAGCACUGCUGGGUAUUUCUCUCGUCGCAGCACUUGGCUCGGGUGUAGCUGUUGCCAUGCUAAACCUGGUUAUGGGCGAUUUCCUCACUGUGAUGGGCGACUUUUCCCGCGGAGGUUUCGAGAUCAGUAAUUCCUUGACUCUGUUAUACUUCGUUUACCUGGGCAUCGCGAGGCUCUUCCUGAUCUACAUCUUCAGCGUCCUUUCGAGCAUCUCCGCCUACCGCAUCACGCGCAACAUUCGCCCGUCAUAUUUGCGCGCGGCCUUGAGCCAAGAAAUCGCCUUUUUCGAUGAGGGCGAGGGCGGUGCCAUUGCGGCCCAAGCAACGUCGAACGGAGCCUUGAUACAGGCAGGCAUCGCGGAGAAGCUAGGACAAGUCUUCCAGACUAUCGCUACUUUCAUCGGAUGCUUUGUUAUUGCUUUCGUGGUUCACGCGAAGCUGACUGCCAUUAUCAUCUGCAUUGUCCCUACGAUUGUCAUUGUCGUGGGCGUCACGUCCGCGCUUGACACGGGCAUUGAGAGUCAGAUAUUAAAUGUCCACGCACAGGCAGGCUCAUAUACCGAAGGUGUGCUGGGCAGUGUACGGACGGUAAAGGCAUUCGGGCUGCGGCCUAGACUUGUUGAAACCUUCGACAAGUACCUCUUCAACGCUCUACAUCUUGGUUUAAAGAAGAAUAUCCUGUAUGGCAUAAUGGUUGCCGUCCAAUACUUUACAACGUACGCUGGAAUGGGGUUGGCAUUUUGGCAGGGCAUCAACAUGUAUGCCAAAGGUGAAGUCGAUAGCAUCGGCACCGUCUUUACUGUCCUGAUGUCUGUCAUCAUCGCUUCAACCAUGCUUAGUGCAAUUGCCCCCAACAUUAUGGCUUUCACUCGCGCAGCAACUGCAGCUUCUCAACUCUUCUCUCUGAUAGAUCGAGAGUCCAAGAUCAACCCAUUCGAUGUUGGUGGAGGUGCACCUGAAAACGUGACUGGCGCAGUGGAGUUGCAGGGAGUCAACUUCACGUAUCCUACCCGACCAGGUACAAAAGUCCUCGACGACUUUUCCCUGCAUAUACCCGCCGGAAAGGUCACGGCUUUGGUUGGCGCCAGUGGAUCAGGAAAGAGCACAGUCGUUGGCCUCUUAGAACGGUGGUACAAUCCCAACAGCGGGUCGAUUACGCUGGACGGGGUUCCGAUUGAGAAACUGAACCUGCGCUGGCUUCGAACCAAUGUGCGACUAGUUCAGCAGGAACCCGUGUUGUUCAAUGGUACUGUAUUCGACAACAUCUCGAACGGCCUCGUUGGCACCAAAUGGGAAAAUGCUCCGCGAGAGAAACAGUUAGAGCUCGUUCAAUCAGCCGCCGGAGUCGCUUUUGCCCACCAGUUCAUCAUGAAACUGCCGCAAGGCUAUGAUACGAGAAUCGGCGAAAGAGGAGGUCUGCUCUCUGGCGGGCAGAAGCAACGUAUAGCUAUCGCACGGAGUGUUGUUUCGUCACCCAAAGUUCUACUUAUGGAUGAGGCCACGAGUGCUCUGGAUCCCCAUGCCGAAGGCGUCGUCCAACAAGCUCUGGACAGAGUGUCAAGGGACUGCACCACCAUCGUCAUUGCACACAAACUCGCGACCAUCAAGCAUGCUGAUAACAUUGUUGUCAUGUCCAAGGGCUCCAUCGUGGAGCAGGGAACGCACCAGUCGCUUCUUGCCAUCGAUGGAGCCUAUGCCCAGUUAGUGAAGGCGCAGGAUCUAUCAUUCACGUCCGCCAAAGAGAACAAUGACAUCAGUCUUGACUCUCAAUCUGACGAGGAGGAAUUGGACGACGAUUCGGUGGCCAAAAUCUUGAUCAGGCACAACACAUCUGAUCAACAUAGACUUGAAGCUUUGAGUUCUCGCGAUGACUACGAUAACCACAAGCCUUUUGGAGUUCUUUCUGCAAUUUUUCAUGUUGUCAAGGCGACUCCUGAGCUCAGAUUCCAUUUCUUGGUUCUUCUCAUUGCAAGCAUCCUCGCAGCUGGACUAUUCCCCGGCCAGGCGCUGCUUCUAGGACACGUGAUGGACGUCUUCAACUACACAGGUUCACGAAUGGUAUCCAAGGGCAAUUUCUUCGCUCUGAUGUUUUUCAUCAUGAGUAUUGGCACUGCAAUAGUCUACUGCAUCAUCGGUUAUAUGGGUAACACCGUCGCUCAGACACUGAGCCGAAAAUUCCGAAGAGAAAUAUUCGAUAGCAUCCUACGCCAGGACGUCCAGUUCUUCGACAGAGAAGAGAAUACCGUCGGUGCGCUCGCGAGCCGUCUGGAAUCAUACCCCCAGGCCAUCCUCGAUCUCAUGGGCAUCAACAUUGUUGUCGUACUUGUGUGUGUACUCAGUGUUCUGGGCUGUAGUAUCAUGGGAAUAGCCAUCUCCUGGAAGCUCGGCCUUGUCGGUGUUUUUGCUGGUGUUCCACCGAUGGUGAUGGGAGGCUUCAUCCGUUUGCGCAUUGAUGCCAAGCUGGACCGCGAUAAUUCGAAACGUUUCUCAACGAGCGCCGCUAUUGCUAGCGAGGCUGUUUUGGCGAUUCGCACGGUUUCCUCCCUUGCGAUCGAAGAACACAUCUUGUCGAGCUAUAUGGACCAACUAGACAAAGCAGUCAGCGAAUCUACACUUCCACUUGCGCAUGCGAUGGUAUGGAAUGCGCUGGCACAGAGUGUCGACUACUUUAUCUUAGCUCUUAGUUUUUGGUGGGGUUCAACAUUAUCUUCCCGUGGCGAGGUCACAUUCUACCAGUUUAUUGUUUCUUUUAUGGGCAUAUUCUUGGCAGGGCAGUCAGCAGGGCAGCUUUUUAGCUUUGCGAGCAACCUCACAAAGGGAACAAGUGCCGCGAACUACCUUUUCUGGCUCAAGGGGCUCCAGCCGCUGAUAACUGAGACUCCGGAGAACAGCGAGGCUGGUCCAAAACAUGGGGCUGAGGGAAUUGCCUUUGAUGCUGUGAAAUUCUGCUAUCCCCUUCGCCGUGACCAACCCGUCCUUCGAGGAAUAAAUUUGAAUAUUGAAGCAGGAGAGUUUGUAGCUUUCGUUGGCGCCUCGGGAUGCGGCAAGUCUACCAUGAUCGCUCUAGCAGAACGCUAUUAUGAUCCCACAAGCGGAGCCAUCCGCAUUGACGGCGACCCGUUGUCAAAUCUCAACCCACACCUAUAUCGAAACCAGCUUGCUCUCGUUCAGCAAGAGCCUAUGCUCUAUCCAGGCAGCAUCUAUGAGAACAUCUCACUUGGCCUUCCCGGAGCGCAAGCUACAGAUGCCCAGAUUGCGGCCGCAUGCCGGAACGCUAAUAUCUGGGAUUUCAUCUGCUCACUACCAGAAGGCUUACAAACACCAUGCGGUACUUCUGGCAGCAAGCUAUCCAGUGGACAGCGGCAGCGCUUAGCUAUUGCGCGUGCUCUUAUCAGAGAUCCCAAAGUCCUCCUCCUUGACGAGGCAACCAGCGCUCUAGACACGGACAGUGAACGGGUGGUUCAGACCGCACUCAGCACCGCGGCGAAGAGUCGCCAGAGGAUCACAAUUGCCGUUGCGCACCGAUUAAGCACUAUCAAAGAUGCCGAUCGGAUAUACGUGUUCUAUGGCGGCAAGAUUUCAGAGUCUGGAACUCACGGUGAGCUUAUUGCGUUAGGCGGAAUGUACAAACGCAUGUAUGAGGCGCAGAGUCUUGACAAAGCAGUAUGAAUAAUUUUGGCUGUGGAGAAAGAGCCUCUGGCUCUCUCAAUAAUUAACUGCCGUGGG